AUGGUGAUACCCCUGCAAUCGGGAUCUUCCGCCGGCUCGAGAGACAACCGGCUUGGCUUCAAACACCUUCAAACACCGUCAAACACCGAGCUCUUUAGCUGCGAUCUGCUGUUUGCGGGUGAUCGACCUGGCGCUGAGUACCCGAGAUUGUAUGGAGGACGGAUUUCAUGUUUCCCCAAUGUCAUUUCCCCGGGAGAUCGCUAUGCUCUUUACCAUAUGCUCUGCCAGGGGAUGGUACAAGCUUCGCUGGCGCAAAGCUUCCUCCCAAAUCGAGUGAUUGGCGAGUCAUUCGGAGCGAAGUCGGUCGAUACUGCAUGGUACCCAGCCGCAUACGGUAUGACUUCGGGGGCUUUCAUGCUCGCCUCUGGCCGUCUGGGUGAUAUAGUGGGUCACAAGCGCCUGUUCGUGGUAGCUUGGAUAGCUUUGAUUAUUUGGGGACUUUCGUCAUCAUUGCCGGUGAGUGCCCCCUGCUUCGCUGCGACCUGUUUUCACAGGCUGAUUGAGAUACAAGGGCUGCUUCUCUUCAAUUUUGCCUGGAAUAGGGCCCCUGAGACGGGCUGGGGUGAUGCACAAUGCAUCGCCACGCUCAUUAUCGGCCUGAUUCUCAUUCUUGCCUUUUUCGCCAUUGAGAAACGAGCUUCACAGCCGAUCAUCCCCGUGACCGAAAUCGACCGGAAUGCGUUAUGGGUUCUGUUAAUCGAAGCCCUUGGGUGGUCGUCCUUUGGAAUCUUGAUCUUCUACUCCAUUAACUUCGUCAUUCGCGUUCGCGGCGAUACCAUGCUAUCAGCCGCGGCCCAGUUGGUACCAGUGCCACUGACUGGACUCGCCGCUACUCUUCUAACUGCGUUCCUUCUCAAUAAAGGAGCCAGUGCCCCGAUGAUUCUUGCAUUUUCCCUUCUCUGGUUCUGUGUGGGUAAUAUUAUCUUGGCUACUAUGGAGGUGCACCACUCUUACUGGCUUGAUAUCUUCUGGGUAUGGGCGCUCAGCCCCUUGGGAAUGGACAUGAGCUUUCCGGCAGGAACACUUCUCCUCAGCAGUCUGCUUCCACGAGAUCGCCAAGGGAUUGCAGCAAGCUUGAUUGCGACCGUCGUUUACUAUUCGCAAAGCCUGGGGCUGGGAAUAGCUGGAGUUGUGGAAGUCAUGGUAGCCCAUGGCUCCGAGAUGAAGGGUUAUCGUGGGGCCUGGUACCUUGGAAUAGGCUUGAGUGGCUUUGGUCUCAUAGUAAGCACGGCCUAUGCGAUAUAUCACGCAGCGGCCAAGCGAGCGACUUGA